UACUGAAGAAUUUUCAGAAAAUCUGGGGUAGGGAACACAGGAAGAAAUCGUAGACGAUUUCUUCAUAAUUAAAUUAUUUACCCCCCCAAUAUCAAGAGGGUCGUGUUUAGACCCACAAUACAGUGAAAUAUGGUCGUUGUCACAGCAGGAACAGGAGGUACCCAUAAAGUCCUCCUUAUCUCCGGGAAGCAGAGUGCCUCGCCUGGCGGAACGCAAGGGGGAUUCAGCCGGUCAAUUUCGGUCAUGUUGCCUUCUUCCUCAAACCAAGCGUCGUCGGAUUCCGAUUCCAAUGGAUCAGGACCAACGCAACGCAAAAGACAGAGACUCACACAUUUGAGUCCGGAGGAGAAAGCACUCAGAAGGAAACUAAAAAACAGAGUUGCCGCCCAGACAGCCAGAGAUAGAAAAAAGGCAAAAAUGGGAGAGCUGGAACAGCAGGUUUUGGAGCUGGAAUUAGAGAACCAGAAACUCUACAUUGAAAACACACUGUUACGGGAAAAAACAGAUGGUCUUCUGACAGAAAAUGAGGAAUUGCGUCAAAGGCUUGGUUUGAGUUCGCUGGAAACCAAAGAGGAAACGGUUCAGGUGCAGGAGUCCAGCGUGGAUGAAGUCAGUUUGGCGAUCGGGUCUUCUGAGUCCGCAGCACUCAGGCUACGUGUGUCCGCAGCAGGUGCAGGCCCAGCAGUCGCCAAAUCUGAAGACUUCCACGUGGAUGCAAGCAGUCCUGACUCUUCAGACUCUGAGUCUGAUCUCCUGCUUGGCAUUCUGGACAUCCUUGACCCAGAGCUGUUCCUCCGGGUCGGCGAGCAGGUUCCCCAGGACCUGCCGGAGCUGGUGGGGGCCGGGGAGGAUUCAAUACCUGCCUCCCCAUCUGCGCCUGUGGGGCCCGCACCAGUUAAGCUGGAAACCCUUAAUGAACUGAUCCACUUCGACCACAUCUACACGAAGUCCGUGGACGUGGUGUGCGUGGAGCAGUGUGAAGAUAGCAUCCCCGACGUGAAGAUGGAGGAAGGGGAAGAGGUGGUGGUGGUGGAGACCGUCUCCGUCAAGGACGAGCCGGAGGAAGAGGCCGAGACGAUCCAGGAAGUGAGGACGGACGACUUCCUGUCUUCAGCCACCCCUGCCCUGCCCCAGCCCGACAAGGCGGCCUCCUACCUGGACAGCUACAGCGACUCUGGAUACGAGCGAUCCCCGUCCCCCUUCAGCAACAUGUCCUCCCCCCUGUGUCCCGACAGCGCCUGGGACGACGACUUCGCCAACGAACUCUUCCCCCAGCUGAUCAGCGUCUGAGCCCCAAAUAAAUCCACCCCCUUAAACUGGCCCUAUCCAGCCCAAUUUGGUUAAAUGUACAUAGUCUCUGUAUUUACUUCAUUGUUGUAAGAGCAGUAAGGACUCCCGCUUUCCUGGGUUAGACCAGUGUCGUACUCUUUGCUGAGUGUGUAGUCUGGCCCGGUAGGUCUCCUGCAGGGGCUGCAGUAUUGCGUUCUUAACAUCUUAAUCGGUCUCGUCUCUUCUCUUAAGAUUGUCUUAAAUCUUUUGCUUAUGAAUUGGGAGGUGGUUAAACCAGAAAGUUGACUUGCUGAAAAUAUCCAGUAUUUCUGUAAAUUGUGGGGAGGGGGAGGGGGAGCUAAUUUGUUUAAAAAAGAAUAACUGCAUAACUAUUUAUUUGUGCAUUUCGCUCCAAGGAGUCGGUUGUAUUCUGUCCUUUUUUUAGCAUGUAUAAAAGCUUAAUUUACUAUGUAAAUUCACAAUUAAGGGAUGCUUUCUUUACUGAAUAAUUUCUGCAUUAAAACCAUGCAUUGCAUCACA